CGUUCAGUUGUCACGCCAAGCGGUUCGCUUUGUCCGUUCGCGUUCAAAUUUUUUUCUCGCCUCCUCUGCAGAUCCUGAGGGCGACGGCGGUCAGGACGGUGGGGGUGAGGAGAAGCAUGAGCAAUUGAUUAGACUUCCUCCGUGGAGAGAAGCAAGCGCGGAAGAAGGCUACCCAGGAAGUGGAAGUCAGGGCCGGGCAGUCCUGUGACUCGGGUGUUCUCGCCAGUCUGUGUGUGCUAUGAGUAAUUGCAUAAACCGGGAAAGUUGAUGGGCCCCUGGUGCUAUUUUGGGGCCCUCGUUGUGCUGUGCUUGGCAAUUGAGGGGGACUCCUCACAAUCCGGAAAGAAUGGUGUGAUACCUGUAACUAAUGUUGUUGUCGAGGAGCCUGAAUUUACAGACAUCAUAGAAAAUAUAACAGUACCUGCUGGAAGGAACGUUAAGCUUGCCUGUUCUGUUAAGAAUCUCGGGAGCUACAAGGUAGCGUGGAUGCAUUUUGAGCAAUCGGCCAUCCUGACAGUCCAUAAUCAUGUGAUAACGCGAAAUCCUCGGAUUAGUGUCACUCAUGACAAGCACGACAAGCAUCGCACGUGGUUUUUGCACAUUAACAACGUCCAGGAGGAAGACAAGGGUCGCUAUAUGUGUCAAAUCAACACCGUCACAGCGAAAACACAGUUCGGAUAUCUCCAUGUAGUCGUGCCACCAAAUAUCGAUGAUUCUCUGAGUUCUAGUGAUAUAAUUGUGCGCGAAGGAUCAAAUGUGACGCUCAAGUGUCGAGCAACGGGCAGUCCAACGCCAACAGUGAAAUGGAAACGAGAUGACAACUCGAAAAUAGCCAUCAACAAAUCCUUAAAUGUGCACGAGUGGGACGGUGACUCCCUGGAAAUAUCACGCAUUUCCCGCCUGGAUAUGGGUGCCUACCUCUGUAUAGCGUCGAACGGGGUGCCACCGACAGUGUCGAAGAGGAUUAAAGUCAGUGUGGACUUCCCGCCCAUGUUGUGGAUUCCACAUCAAUUAAUAGGAGUUCCAUCCGGUGCCAAUGUCACUCUUGAGUGCUUCACCGAAGCGCAUCCAACAUCUUUAAACUACUGGACUCUCGGAGAAGGACAAAUGAUACACGACUCGAAGAAAUUCAAAUCGGAAACGACUCUCGGCAAUCCAUCUUACAAGACCCACAUGCGACUCACAAUUUCCAAUACAAGUCAGGCUGAUGAAAAUUCAUACAAAUGUGUCGCCAAAAAUCCACGCGGUGAGACAGAUGGUGCAAUUCGUCUGUACGUCUCGCCGCCCACCACCCUCUCGCCGGGACCAACAACCACGGAGUCUCAGCGCAGAGACACAUGGGAUGCCAAGGGGGGCCUCAAUAGCACCGCAAAUGGCCAUCCCUCGGUCUACAUUUUGGACAAAACUUCUCGAAUGACAUCAAAUUUGAACGAUAUCGGAAAAUCAGAGCAAAAGUCCACAGAUAAGUCAAAAGGAUACAACCUUCCAGUAGAAGUUAGCAAAGGAUCCCCAUCACAAAUUGUAACACACACAUUUUGCAUCGCACUUGCCAUACUUUUAGCGUAGAGAAGCAUUACUUAUAGCAGAACAUAAAGUGACAUAUUAAUUCUAGUGAAAUUUAAGACAAAUGCAGGGUUUAACACAUAUAAACUAUACAUAUGUAUAUCAAAUAGGACAUAUUACUUAUUAAAACUUUGUAAGCUCCACAUUAGUAUUAAUAUUUUACUAUACACACAGAAGGAUAGUUUGCAAAUUGAUAAUUUAAAGUUUGUGAGUCUUAAGAUAAUGAAGAAGCGCGGUUUUUCGUAAACUACAUUACCACUUGUAAGACAAUGCGAUAUAUACUAUUGCAGAAAUGUAGAAAGAUGUAAUGUCGAGUGUCUAAUUAAAUUAUACUUUAAACUGAAUUGUUUGCUUGCUGUCGAAAUACGAAAGUGUCGAAAAUUAUGGAGAAUUUACAAAAUGCAGAAAAUGUUAUACAAAAUGAGUCGGUGGAAGUGUUUGGUAAUUGACGUGUUGUUAGCGUAAAUGAAAGGAGAUAUCAAGAGAAAAGGUGUAACGCAAAAAUGCCAUGUUUUGACUGGCAAACAACUGCCUCAUAGAAGAGUAUCCUAUUCGUAAAAGCACCUUUGAUUUGAGCUUAAUCAGAGACACUUGUUGAUUUAAUAGAAAGACUAUUGUUUGAACAUUUUUAGAAUGACCGAGAGAAAUGAUAUAUUCUAAGAUGAAAGUAAUACUCAAAUAUACGUACGUGAAUGUUUUAGCCUAUAUAAAGAAUACCAAAUAAUUUAUAUACAUAUAUUGAACAGAUGAAAAUAUACCA